AGAGAGCCUUGGGGCACUGCUUUGCAAAGGGAAGUGAAUUCAAGCCAGAAUUCAACAAGCUAGUCCACCACAUAGUUAGUAUUGAUGAAUUUGAGAAGGGCUGGGCAUGCAUGAUUGAAAAAUAUGGCCUCCAAACCAAUGCAUUCCUAACCCAGCUUUACGAAGUGAGGGGGAAGUGGGCGAAGCCAUACUUCAUGGGUGUGUUUUGUGCAAAGAUGACAAGUACGCAGCGAAGCGAGAGCGCAAACCACCUUCUGAAAGGGUAUGUACCACCAGGCUGCCCCAUGCAUUUGUUCAUCCGGCAAUAUGAGAAGAUGCAAUUUGACGGCAACUCAGAAGAAAGUUACCAGGAGAAAAGGACAAAACUAGGUGGGAUUGUCCUGAAGCAAAAGAUCCCAGUCGAGGUACAUGCAUCGCAGGUUUACACCAGAACAAUGUUUGAGAAAUUUGGUGAAGCAUUGUACGUGUGUGGGUCGUAUGAUCUUGUAGAAGUCAAGCCCCAAUUGGAGUACAUUGCUAGGCACAUAAAAUUCCAGUCAAGGGAAAAGUGGUGCAAGAAUGAGUUUGUCAUCUCCCUGAGUGAGACAGCCAAUGAGUUCAGGUGCGAGUGUGGAACAUUUGAGAACUAUGGAAUGGUUUGUAGUCAUGCGCUUAAGGGCGUGUCAUAUCUCCUCUUCGGUAUUUUACAAACCAUUUUCUGUGUGAGCUCCCCUCCGAAAACAUGUGCUGUUGGUUAGGUCAUGAAACUGACAUUUUUUGGUUGCUGGUUCGCCAGGUCAUGAUACACCUAAAACUGCAUGAGCUCCCUCCGAAACAUGUGCUCAAGCGAUGGACUAGAGAUGCAAGAGAUAUACUACUACCGGAGUAUUUGCGCUACCAGAAGGACCAUGGGCCCCUGAAGUAUUCUUCUCGUCGACACAACACUUUAUACUUGUUGGCAGUGGAUGUGGUUAAGUUAGGUGACAACAAUGUGGAAGCAUAUGCACUUGCAAUGGAGAAAAUGCGAGAUGUCAAAGUGCUCCCCGAGCCAGUUGCCGCCGUGCGGGAUGGGCUUGGUUUGUCUGAUAGAGAGCUGGCUGCAGAUUCAGCCGGCUCUGGGAUGGGAACAAGCAGCACUUUGGGAGAACUGAAUCUGUGCACACCCUUUCACAAGGAUCAGGUGUGUUUCCAACACCGUCCAAGAAACGAUCGGCUGGGCGUCCAACAACCAGCCGCGACAAGGCUCCAUAUGAACAACCAUCGAAGAGGAGCAAAUUAUGUUCUAUAUGUAGAAUUCAGGGGCACAAGAGCACAACAUGCCCUGCCAGAGGGGAUGUGCCAAAGGCACCUAGGAAAUCUCCGCGCUGCUCAAAAUGUGGGUGACAGGCCACAGGAAUAACGCAUGCAGCAACCCGCCUAAAGUCUGAGAAAAUCUGAAUUUUAGUGCCUGUUCGGAGCCCCUCCGCUCCACAGCUCUGCCACGGAGCGGAGCGGGCUGCAGUUCAAAAUUUCGGAGUAGGGGAAUUAGUGCUCCGCCAGAUUCGUGGAGCCGGUGGAUUACCAUACCAAACAGGCCCUUAGUGUUUGUUUUAGCGAUUGUAUGGAUUUGGCUGUGUGACACUUUGUUAUUAGAACCCGUAUGUUAUUUGUGUAAAACAUAGAGAACGGUCAUCUGCAACGUUCAGAUC